UUUUCUUUAUUUUCGUUUCUUCGUCAGAGAUGUUCGUCAACCUCUGUCACAAGUACGUUUAAGUCUUUCUGUGUCCCUUGGAGCUGGACAGAUUAUCUUUCUUGUCGGGAUAAACGCCACCAAAAACAUGUCUGCCUGUAUCACAGCAGCAGCUCUUAUGCAGUAUUUCCUGAUGGCCGCUUUCUGUUGGAUGCUGGUCGAGGGAAUUUAUCUCUACCUGUUUGUUGUAAAGGUGUACAAUAUCAACACCAAGAUGCACAUGUAUCACGUCAUGUCAUGGGGCCUUCCUAUCGUCAUGGUGGGUAUUUCACUGGGCAUCGCAACUGUAAAAGAUGGACUCCAAAGCUACACUAGUGAUAAAUAUUGCUGGUUGUCUUCGACUAAUAAGCUGAUCUGGAUUUUUGUGACAUUUGUGGCGUUUAUCGAAACACUGAACAUUUUGAUACUUGUACGAGUCAUAAAGGAGAUUACUACGCUUGUGGAACCAUUAGCGGAAGACAACUACUGCAAGCAAAUAAG